UCAUUCCUUUUCAACUUGCAGCCUGAAAAUCAUUGAAAGACGCUCGCACGCACAAACUGGACUUUCUUUUGUGUGCAGUAAUUUCUUGCUGUCUGACGUCAUCAUGCAAAUGAGACUCAUCCAACAUGUUGCUAUAAAAGACAACUGGCCCUGCGUCAAGGCCUCUUCCCCUCCACCAGCCCCUGCUGUCCCCUUCAUCACUGCUUUGCUUAGAUAAUCAUACGAUUAUUAGUAUUAUUUUAAAACCAGCUGUAAUUAUUGAAUUUAUCAAGAUGCCUUUAACUUUCGAGCUUUGUCCCGGACGGAUGAUCGGAGGAGAGCACCCGUGUUUCAUCAUCGCUGAAAUCGGACAGAACCAUCAGGGAGACAUUGAGAUUGCCAAGAAAAUGAUCAAAAUGGCAAAGAGCUGCGGUGCCGACUGCGCCAAGUUUCAGAAGAGUGAGCUGGAGAACAGGUUCAAUAAGAAAGCCUUGGAGCGUCCAUACAACUCCAAAAACUCCUGGGGGAACACUUACGGCGAGCACAAGCGUCAUCUGGAGUUCAGCCAUGACCAGUACAGAGAUCUGCAGAGAUAUGCAGCUGAGGUGGGGAUCUUCUUCACAGCUUCAGGGAUGGACGAGAUGGCAGUGGAUUUUCUCGACAACAUUAACGUGCCUUUCAUCAAAGUGGCGUCCGCAGACACGAACAACUUCCCCUAUUUGGCACAAACAGCCAAAAAAGGUCGUCCCAUGGUGGUGUCCAGUGGGAUGCAAUCCAUGGAGACGGUGCGUCAAGCCUAUAAGACGGUGAAAGAGCACAAUGAAAACUUUGUUAUUCUUCAGUGCACCAGCACCUACCCUUUGAAUCCUGAUGAAGUCAACCUCAGAGUAAUCAGGGAAUACCAGAAGGAGUUUCCAGACAUUCCCAUUGGGUAUUCUGGCCACGAAACUGGAAUCAGUAUUUCAGUGGCUGCCGUGGCUUUGGGCGCAAAGGUUGUUGAGCGUCACGUAACUUUGGACAAAAUGUGGAAAGGAAGUGACCAUGCGGCCUCGCUGGAGCCUACUGAACUGGCCGAACUGGUUCGCUCCAUUCGUCUCGUGGAAAGGGCGAUGGGAAGUAGCAUCAAGCAGAUGUUGCCCUCCGAGAAGUCGCUAUUUGUCAAGCUGGGAAAGUCAGUGGUGGCCAAAGAAAACAUCCCCAAAGGAACAGUCCUGACUCUGAACAUGUUAAGAGUGAAGGCGGCCGAGCCCAUUGGCAUUCCAGCCGAGGACAUCUUCCAACUGGUCGGAAAGAGCGUGACGAAGGACGUGGAGGAGGACGAGAGCAUUGUGUCUGGCGUAGUGGACGGCUAUGUCAAGAAGGCCAAGUGCUGA